ACUCUUUUACUUUGCUUCGAUAGUCAAAGAUGUUUUGUCCAAGCAUCCUUGGCGGCGAAUGGAGAUCUACGCUAUCCAUCCCUGCAUAUAUUCUUCUCUUGAUCACACCAGGAGCAGGAUUGGCCUAUAUAGCUACAAUCCCUACUACAACACUGUCAACAUACAAAAAGCAGAUAUUGUCAAUCCCUCUUCUUGUUGUUGAUAUUCUUACAACAGUACUGUUCAGGACUGACUUUAUAUUAAUUGACUUUAUGAUGCCUGCAUGCACUUUUAUUAUAUUCUGUCGUUUCUUGGAACUUAUAUGGACUGGCCCUUUAAUAUACGGUCGAGAGGCUUAUACAACAAAAGGCUCUCUACACACUGAGUUUUGGAGCUGUAUCAGAUAUUUUCCAAAGCCAGCAAAGAAACACGAUGUAUCUCUCAAGAAAAACCAAAUUGAGUAUGUCAAGGAUAAGAAAUUCUAUAAUAUACUCCCAAUGCUGAUGUACUACAUAGUUGGCUGGGAUAUCUUGGCGACAUGGCUCACGACAUUUACUAGAGAUGAUAUCCACAAUAUAAAUAGAGACAAGUCGCUUGUAUCAUUUAUUGUGUACUACAUAACUUUGGUUAUUUUGAAUAAUGCUGGUAAUGUAAUUGGGUGCAUUGGACAAUUGAUUUAUGUACUCUAUUAUGAGGGGGGAACAUAUUCAUCAGGACAAUGGCGAGAUCUCAUGAAUAAUCCAAUGUUUUCUACUUCAAUAAGUGAUUAUUGGACUCAUCGCUGGCAACAGAUCAUGAGACCCACGUUCUUAGCUUUAGUGUACAGACCGGUCAGUUAUUACUGCCAAAAACUGCUAUCCAAGUACACACGCAAUACAGCUAUAUACUCUCAGGGUCUCUCUGUACUUGCCGUCUUUACGCUCUCUGGAGCAAUGCACGAAUACAUUGCGUUCUGCAACCUCGGGUGGCCUACUCACUCUAAAAUUUUUCUUGGAGAGCAGCAACUAUUGUUUAUGCUGUACGCCCCGCUGAUCAUAUUUGAGAAAGCGCUGAGAAGCAUAUCAUACCGAUGUUUACCACUAUCUUUUAUUAAGUCUUUCCCAGUACAGUGCAUCCAGCGUCUCUGGGCCAUGGUCAUUUCCUACAUAAUCUUUUCACGAAUUCUCGAAACCUUUACCUACAGUGGGUUCCGGUUCAGGCUUCCUUUCACAAUUCUGGGUCCCCAAAUCAUCGAAUUCUUACGACAGACCCCAGCCUUGCAUGGACUGUGUGGAAGCUUACUGACAACCUUGUCUACAUAGUGUCCAAUUAUAUUAUAUAAGCCAGAAUUUUGAGCUUAAACCCUUUAAAUAGUGAGUGUAUACUUUUUUUUAUCAGAAAGUAUUAUGCGUGCAAAUGCUGUUUGAUAUAUUAUACCUGUCUAUAUUCAUUAUUAUAUAUGACUUAAGAUUCAAAAUAGGCUAGUCAAUUACCACUUCAUUUUUCUUAAAACAAGAAAUAUAACAUUACAUGUCUUGCAUUAAAAAAAUACUUGUGAAUAAAUACAAGAGUUUCAUAU